AAGAAAGAAGAAAGUAUAUAAAUCCAGCUCAAGGAGAUGCGGUUGCGGCAAUGAUUGAUCGUAUUUGCCCCCUGCCACUCUCGCGUCUUCCCCCCAUUGCGUGGUGUUUUUGUGGACGACGGCGUCGUCGUCGCCAGCUUCUUGUGGCCAUCGUCUUCCCCCCUCCCUCUUCGCUGAAUCCUCCCAGAAAAAUCGGUUCUUGCACAGGGAAUUCAGUCUAGUUCUGUUUGCAAUCCUAUUCUUCCUCCGGGUCGGCCAAAUCUCUCGUUUUUUCUCGCGUGAAAAUCGUUCGUGCUGGUUCGUUUCAACCCCCGAGUCUCUCGUUUUCUUGCUGCCGAACCGCUGGGUUUGUUUUUGCUUCGAUUUAGUCUUUGUUUUCCGGGUCUUGCAUCUGGUGAAGAUCCAAAGGUGCGAACUUUCUGGAGGCUUUUCUCGAAGUUGGCGCGUGAAAUUGGAUCGGUUUCGAUCUAUCUGUUGGUUCCCUGGGCGUUGCUGGUGCGUUCUUGAUCCGGAAGGGUGAGAGAUUUGGCUGGAUUUUUUCCCUGGAGCAUUUGGUGUGCUCGAGGAAGAUGCUCUACUUGAAGCAGCCGACGAGGAGCUAAACUACGCGGAGUCUGAGCCCCCCCCCCCCCCCUCCCUCUGAAUUUCUUGGUUUGGAUUCGCGGUGGUCGUGUGGUUGAUUACUGAUCUGAUCCGAUGGAGGCUAUGGCGGGGAACAAAUUCCUUCAGAAGUUCCGGCUCUACGAGACCAGAUCGAAAUUCUAUCUUAUCGGAAGGGACAAGACCAGGACUCUCUGGAGGGUGCUGAAGAUUGACAGAAUGGAGUCUACUGAUCUGGAAAUUGAGGAAGAUCAUACAAGUUACACGGAGAAUGAAUGCCAGGAACUGCUGUGGCGGAUUCAUGAGGGGAAUAGAUUGACUGGGGGACUGAAAUUUGUCACAAAAUGUUAUGGAAUAGUUGGUUUUAUAAAGUUUCUUGGCCCUUAUUAUAUGGUUGUAAUUACCAGAAGAAGAAAAGUCGGCACUAUCUGCGGUCAUGAAAUAUAUUCUGUUGGCAAGAGCGAAAUGAUUGCAAUUCCAAGUCCUAUAGUCUGGCCCAACGUGGCUUAUUCUAGGGAUGAGAACAGAUAUAAAAGGCUCCUUUGCUCGGUUGAUCUCUCAAAAGACUUCUUCUUCAGCUACUCUUACAACAUCAUGUGCAGCCUUCAGAAGAACAUAACUGACAAGAAUAAUGGGCAAGUUGUUUAUGAAACAAUGUUUGUCUGGAACGAGUUUCUGACACGAGCUAUCAGGAACCAUCUCAAGAAUACAACUUGGACUGUUGCGUUAAUCCAUGGAUUUUUUAAACAGUCAAAGCUCUCAGUAUCUGGGAAGGAAUUCUGGUUGACACUUAUAGCUAGACGCUCACGUCAUUUUGCCGGAACAAGAUUCUUGAAAAGAGGUGUGAAUGAAAAGGGUAGGGUUGCCAAUGAUGUUGAGACUGAACAAAUUGUUUUUGAAGACACACCAGAUGAAGUCCCAUGUCAGAUAUCUUCUGUUGUACAACAUAGAGGAUCCAUACCUCUUGUCUGGUUUCAGGAAACUUCAAGAAUGAAUAUUAGGCCAGAUAUCAUAUUAAAACCAGAUGUAGACUACAAGGCAACUCGCCUUCAUUUUGAGAACCUUGCACUUAGAUAUGGGAACCCAAUAAUUAUCCUAAACUUGAUCAAGACUCGUGAGAAGAAGCCUCGUGAAUCUUUGCUCUGUGCUGAAUUUGCAAAGGCUAUACAUUACAUUAAUAAGGGGCUACCAGACGACAGACGUCUAAAGUUUUUACACAUGGAUCUAAGUAAGCUUUCUCGAAGGAAAGGCACCAGUGUGCUUGCACUGUUGGACAAGGUAGCAUCAGAUGUGUUGGAUCUAACUGACUUUCUCCACGGUGAGAUAACUAGAUCAAAGUCUGAGGAUGCUUCAAGUGGACAAGGACCUGUUGCCAACUCAGGUGACAUUGAAAGCAUCGAGGAUCAAAAUCUGUGUGCGACUAAGCUGGUACCUCUUUUACUACAAAAGGGUGUCCUCAGGACUAACUGCAUAGACUGCUUGGACCGCACAAAUGUUGCACAAUUUGCCUAUGGCUUAGCUGCUUUAGGGCGACAACUUCAUGUGCUGCAGCUCAAUGAAACCCCUAAAAUUGAAUUGCAUGCUCCUUUGGCUGAUGAUCUGAUGGAUUUAUAUGAACGGAUGGGUGAUACACUAGCUAUUCAAUAUGGUGGUUCUGCUGCUCACAAUAAGAUCUUCUGUGAGCAAAGAGGCCAAUGGAAGGCAGCAACACAAUCUCAGGAGUUCCUCCGGACCCUUCAGCGCUACUACAAUAAUGCCUACACUGAUCCUGAGAAGCAGGAUGCUAUAAAUGUGUUCUUGGGUCAUUUCCAACCACAACAAGGCAAACCUGCGCUGUGGAAAUUGGACUCAGAUCAACACUACAACAUUGGCAGGCAAGGAACUUUAACUGAAGAAACUGGGAGAUCAUUCAUAAAGAGGUCAUUGUCGGAUGGUAAUAUUUUGUGUGACACCACUGGACCUGUAUCUGACUGUAAUGUUAGAGAAAAAAACAUUGCGAACUCAAAAUUGCUUCCAAUGCAACAACUGGAUGAUAUUAGAGAGCCUUCUGAUUCUGCACCAGAGAUCUCUAUGUGUGAACCUAACCCAUGCUCCAGUACAAACUAUAGUACGUUACCCGGAAGACACUCAAUUUCAGAAGAACGGCAGAAUUAUUUGAAAAGAUUAGGUUAUCCUGAAUUGCACUCGUCAAACUUUCUUGAUCUUGAUUUGUUAUCAUCUUCAGGAAAUUCUUGUGAAGAGGAAAUUUUUGAGAGGUCAUCGCUCAUCAAUUCACCCAUGGAUGUUGUCAGCAUUGAAUCAACUACGUCAUACAGUGAACAUGGACACAAUGAUGAGCAGGGAAGAGAUGACACAGAUCUGUCACGCUCAAGCAGCCAAAUGUCAGAAAUUGGCGACUACUCCGACCGCUUUGCACAUUGGGUGGAUAACGGAGGAAUGCUUUGCUACUAGUGCUAAAAGAUUUUUGUCUUGGUGAUAUCUCAGCGAAAGAAGCUUCAACAGCAGAAAAAUUCAGAGCUGCAGCAAAGGAAAAAAUGCUGCAUCUGCUGCAAACUGCAAACUUCUCAAGAUUUGAAGAGACAGACCUCCACAAGAAAGGGAAGAAGCAUUGACUCGGUUGCGCAGAUGAAGUGCUCAAAGAUAAUUCAUUGCGAAUGGGACCAUUCUAACUCGGUUUGGUACAGGAAUUGAAUUGCUAUGGUGAAGAAGAAUUGACCAUACUGAAGACAAUAAAUAGGAGACACAUAUCAGAUCAUAUUCUUUCCAAGGGUUAGCUUAGUUAGAAACUUUGGCAAUAUGUUAUAGAAAACAGGAAAAAAAAACUCUCAAACAAAACGGCCAAAAAAAUGCUACUCUUUUGUAAAUAUUCUACAGAAUUAUACAUAUUUUUACCAAUUUCACCUAUACUUGCUCUAUGUAAGGUACGGAACUACUAUUCUUGCC